UGAGGAAGGACAGGUAGAUCCUAUUGUGAUUAGGGACUAAUUAGGACAUCCUAAUCCUAGGCCACCUCAUGGCCUCAGGCAGGGAUGUAAGAUGUAUAAAAGGUGGGCAGGCGCAGAGCAUCCCAAACCCCUUGGCAUUUGCAGGCUCCAGUCGCUGGUGAACUUGGUUGCACAUCCAGCCCAGAAUGUCUCAGCAGAAGCAGAAGCAGUGUGCUCCCCCGAAGCAGCCCUGCCCUCCACCUCAGCAGUGCUGCCCCCCACCCCAACAGUCCUGCCCCCCACCCCAACAGUAUUGCCCCCCACCUCAGCAGACCAAGCAGCCUUGCCAGCCUCCACCCAAGUGCCAGCAGAAAUGCCCACCGCCUCAGCAGUGCCAGAAGUCCAAGCAGAAGUAAGCCCCCGGGCAUGUGACCAGAGGCUAAGCCCCCAGGGACCACAGAGCGCAUGAAGUCCACUUCCUCUCCCUCGGACAGCCGACUCUCAGUCCACUCACUCCCUGCUUCUGGAGGCCGCCACACUUAGGAAAUGACAGCACCAAGAUGGCGGCUCCGUCCAUCUCUGCCUCUUAUUAAUUAGCAGCUGCAAUUUCCAUCCCAGGCAAGGAUCUGAUUCUAAACCAUCUAAUCAUCUUUGCUGAAAUGCAUCGACAUCUCCUUGUUGGCUUGUUGGAAACUUGGACAGCGUGCCUACACACUCCUCCUUCCUAUCACCCUUCAUUUCUGCUCUUGUUUUCCAAACAAUUAAACAUAAUUCCUCUGGCA